AUGCCUCCACCAAACACUCCAACAAAUGGAGCUGGUACACCUGUCUCACACAUUUCUCGUCCCAAUACUCCACCAAAUAAUAUCUUCAUAUUUGAAGGUUACGAUCCUGCUACAACUCACAUUGGCUUUGCUUAUUAUCCACCUCAAAGCGAAGUUGCACCACCAGCUCUUCACGUACCAAAUAAUACUCCAGCCUCCAGCAUACACUCCUCACCCGAAAAUUCCUAUCAUCCACGUUCCCGUCGUCCAACUUUAUUGGACCGAGGGAUUAUGGAAGUCAUUGGAGAAGAAGAACGAGAUCGUCGCGAUAAGGAUACUAUCGAUUAUCGUAGUGUUGACUACGUAAAUCCGCCCGAUCAAAACCUCAUUUGUCCAAUUUGUCGCGUCCCUCUCGUCGACCCUGUCACCAUUUAUUGUGAUCAUACCUUUUGCAGAGAUUGUAUCACUCAAGCCUUGGCUGUUACAGAGAAAUGUCCCAUGGACCGUUAUCCAAUUUCUCGUAAUGAUCCACUACGUCAAUCGAAUAGAAUUAUUGUUCAACAAGUCAAUGAUUUGUUAAUCGCUUGCCCAAGCUGCAAAACCCACCUUCAACGAUCUAAGCUUCGUAACCAUCUCGCCAUCCAUUGCAAGGAAGUUGAAAUUGAAUGUUUGGACCCGGAUUGUAAGCAACUUGUCAAGAGACUCCAUCAACCAAAAGGCUGUCUUCAUUAUGAUUCUGCUUGUCCAUACUGCGAGGAGAUUUUACAAGAGAGGGAUAUGGAAGAUCACUGCGAGUUCAAGUGCACUUUCCGUCAGGACAAUUGUGGUCAAUGUGGAGGGGAUUUCUUACGCAUCAAGGAGGCUGAACAUAUUGAUCAAUGUCCAGAAGGUAUUGUCCAAUGCCAAUGGAGACAGUUUGGAUGUGAUCACGAGUGCAAGAGAAAGGAUAUUGAGGAUCAUAAGGACAAAUGCGAACUCAGGAGAUUGGGUCCGUGGGCAGCAAUUAUGAAGGCUGAGAAUGAAGUCAAGAAUGAGAAGAUUGACCGUCUUGAACGUAAGAUCAAGCAUCUUGAGCAUUGCCUCAAUGAUAAUGGAAAUUUCGACCGAACCGAUGCAACCACCCCUUCUCUCGCAGGGCUGUCGAUCUCUGAUGAUUCCUACGAAACACCCAACACUUAUCUCCUUUCCGUCGUCGAAUCUCAACAAAGCAGAAUUAAUGCUCUUACUGCCAGUAUUGCCGAGAUGGAAGCUCGUCAAAGCGUCAUGCUUCUCAAUGAAACUAUUCCAUUGAAGGAUCAAAUUGUUGAGCUUCGCAAUACUAUGAGUACAAUCAAUAUGUAUGUUCGUUGGUUGUUGAAUGUUCGUACACGAGAAGGUCAACGACGCAGCUUUGGCAACGGUGGUACUAGUGGUGGCGGAGGUGGCGGUAGCCUUGAUGAUAAUGGAGGUGUUGGAUCAAGUUCUGGAGGUAGUGGAAUCGGAAGACGUCUUAGCGAUAAUAAUCGAGAGGGUGGUACGAAGCUUUAA